UUUGGAGUCAGACCAUGUUUAUGGCAAGUGAAGGUUGCACAAGCACUGCUAAAGGGUGAUCAUGAUAUGCUCUGUACUGCAGGCACAGGAAUGGGCAAGACACUUGGUUUUUGGAUACCAUUGUUAUUCCAGCAGGGCAUACAAAUUGUCAUCACACCUUUGAAUAUUCUCAGCAAGCAGAAUGCUGUGUCACUUGCCAAGGCAGGCAUACAAGCUAUCUCAAUAAGCACCAAGACUGCAACUACUGCAAACUUCACUGCUAUUCAUGCACUCCAAGCGGUACCUGUUAGCCCUGAACAGAUUAUGAAGCCAAAUGGAGAGUUUGAAUGGCUACUAAAGGAUGACUUGUUCAGCUCUUGGAUUAUCAGUAUCAUCAUUGAUGAGACACACUGUCUUACUGAUUGGGGAGAAUUUUGGCCAGAGUACAAGGAGCUUGGAUGUCUCCACUAUAUCUUGCCUCCAGCAGUCCCUAUCAUGAUUACAUCCACCCCACUCACCAAACAUGCACUCUCUAAUGCAGUAUGCCUCCUUCACAUGUGGGCUGACAAGUUGACUACUAUCUGGCAUUCUAUGGAUUGA